AAUACAGAGAAUUCUUAUCCAUCUUUCCAUUGUCCCUACAACUAUAUAAACCACACACAGUCUCCCUACAAAAACUUGAGAAAGAAGAGAGAGAAAGAGAAAAGAGGAGAGAGAAACAUAGAGUAGUGUGUGGCUGUCUUGAUAAUAUCUCCAAUGAUGUAUCUUCAUAUUCUUCUUCUGACUUUCAUCCUAGCUGCAGUUGCUUCAGCUCGACUCGACCCCGGUCAACUCAGUCCCAAAGCCUUAUCAGAACAAGAGGCCGACCGAGUCACCAAACUUCCUGGCCAGCCUCCGGUGACUUUCCGGCAAUAUGCAGGCUAUGUUACAGUCAAUGAAACCCAUGGAAGAGCACUGUUUUAUUGGUUUUUUGAAGCCACGAAAAAACCCGAAAACAAGCCUCUCCUUCUAUGGCUCAAUGGAGGUCCAGGAUGUUCAUCAAUUGGAUAUGGGGCAGCAGAGGAGUUAGGGCCUUUCUUCCCUCAAAAAGACACACCAGAGCUUAAGUUCAACAAUCGCACUUGGAAUAAAGCUGCUAACUUGCUGUUUGUGGAAUCCCCUGUUGGUGUCGGUUUUUCAUACACAAAUACGAGUAGUGACAUGCACCAGCUUGGCGACACCAUUACAGCCAAGGAUUCGUACAAUUUUCUUGUCAACUGGUUCCGAAGAUUCCCACAAUUCAAGUCACAUGAGUUCUACAUUGCCGGAGAAAGCUACGCAGGGCACUAUGUUCCAGAGCUUGCAGAACAAAUUUUUGAUAAUAAUAAGAAUGGUCCAAAGGAUGACUAUAUAAACCUCAAAGGUUUUAUGGUAGGGAAUGCAUUAUUGGAUGAUGAAACAGAUCAGAAGGGGAUGAUUGAUUAUGCGUGGGACCAUGCUGUAAUAUCAGAUCGUCUGUAUGCGGAUGUAAAAAGCAAAUGCAACUUUAGUGAUCCAAAUUUGCCCAAUGAUUGCCAUAAUUCCCUCAAUAAGUACUUUGAUGUUUACAAGAUCAUUGACAUGUACAGCUUGUAUUCUCCAACUUGUGUCAAUAGUACUUCUAGCACCACUAGAAAGCUUCCCACGAUCCAAGGCAUUGCUCCUCAAUUAUUUUCCAAAAUUGAGGGGUGGCACCAGAAACCAGCUGGGUAUGACCCUUGCCUGUCAGACUACACUGAGGCAUACUUGAAUAGGGCAGAUGUUCAACAAGCUCUCCAUGCCAAUGUCACCAAAAUUCCCUAUCCAUGGACCCACUGCAAUGAUAAUAUAACAUUUUGGAGUGAUGCACCAUUCUCCAUACUUCCCAUCAUCAAAAAGCUAAUUGCUGGAGGCGUCCGCGUAUGGGUUUACAGUGGAGACACCGAUGGAAGAAUUCCGGUGACGGCGACGAGAUAUACGUUGAGAAAGCUUGGUUUGAACACCAUUGAAGAAUGGACUCCUUGGUACACUAACAAUCGCCAGGUUGGUGGGUGGACAAUUGAGUACGAAGGGCUCAUGUUUGUGACGAUCAGAGGAGCUGGACAUGAAGUUCCUUCUUUUAAACCCGUACAAGCCCUUCAACUAAUUAGACAUUUCUUGGCCAAUAAAAAGUUGCCAUCUGUCCCAUUUUAAAUAUAUUUGAUUCGUCAAUUGAUUGUCUCUUAGUUUAGUUUACUCUCUCAAUUGAUUGUCUUCCUCUCUUUUGUACUCGUGAAAAAAAGAAAGCAAUACAUUACAUGAAUUUCGAGUCUAAUCCAAGUAGUUUUUCCACCUUUCUUAUUUGUAAACGUGAAAAAAACAAAGCAAUACAUUACAUGAAUUUGAAGUCUAAUCCAAGUAGUUUUCCCUCC